UUUAAUGUGGACCAAGAUUUUCUUGGCUUGGUUCAUCUCCAAAUGUGAUGUUCUUCUCCUUUUCUUCUCAGGUCCUUUCACAGAUGUCGUCACUGCGAACCUGAAGCUAAAGAAUCCAUCAGAUAAGAAAGUAUGUUUUAAAGUGAAGACCACAGCGCCGCGCAGAUACUGCGUACGGCCGAACAGUGGCAUCAUCGACCCCGGGGCCACGCUCUUCAUUUCAGUUAUGCUGCAGCCGUUCGAUUAUGACCCCAAUGAGAAAAGUAAACAUAAGUUCAUGGUACAGACCAUCUUCGUCCCUGCAGCCGUUACAGACGCAGAAGCCAUGUGGAAAGACGUGAAACCCGAUGAGCUCAUGGAUUCCAAACUCAGAUGCGUCUUUGAGCUGCCGUCUGAAAACGAUAAAGUGGUGAGUACAGAGAGAUCGAAGGCCGGAUCGCUUCCCUCGCUGCUCGUCGUCAUCGCAGCCAUCUUCAUCGGGUUCUUCCUCGGCAAGUUCGUCCUGUAGAAUCGGAGACUCCCGUCUCUCUUUGUCUGGGUUCAUUUGCUGUUUUCUGUUGAGGGACAGACGGAUGUUCGAGCCAUGAACUGCUUCCCCUCAAACGCGUUUCGUUUCACUCAAACUCGAUGGAAAGUGUAAAUGUGGUUUUAAUGGUUCAUCCAGACGAAGGAAGAGCUUCGGACCUUCACCAGAGACACAGGCGUCUCCUUCUGUGCAUUCGUUCUGUUUCUGUUCCUAACAACACCAACGCAGACUGUUUUAUUACUGUAAUUAUCAUUUAUUAAUUAUAUUAUUAAUGUACUUUCUGUCAAAGCAGCAUUUAUCCAUGCAAGACGUUCACUGAUGUCUUCACUUUACUGUCUCAUACUAGACGACACUGAAGAAAUAAAAGAAAAAAA